GUUUAGGGCUGUCGCCUUUAACAAAGAUGGUGCUUAUGGUACAGUUUCCCAGACAGUCUGGAUUCCGGUUGUAGUUUUUUUUUUUUUUUCUUAGAAACGUGGUUGCAGACGGAGGCAUGGAGGCCCGAGACAAACAGGUGCUGCGUUCCCAUCGCCUGCAGCUGGGUGCCGAGGUCUUGGUGGAAGGACUGGUUCUUCAGUACCUGUACCAGGAAGGAAUCCUGACUGAAAGCCACGUUCAGGAAAUCAAAGCCCAGGCCACAGGCCUCCGGAAGACACUGCUGCUGUUGGAUAUCCUCCCUUCGCGGGGCCCCAGAGCCUUUGAUGCAUUCCUGGAGUCCCUGCAGGAGUUUCCCUGGGUGAGAGAAAAGCUGCAGAAGGCCAGGGAAGAAGCCCCAGCUGAAGUGCCUGCAGGUGAUGGAAUGACUGGAAUCCCAGAACACAUCCUCAACAGCUCCCCAUCAGACCGGCAGAUUAACCUGCUGGCCCAGAGGCUGGGCCCCGAGUGGGAGUCCAUCGUGCUGUCACUGGGACUGACCCAGACUGAUGUCUAUCGCUGCAAGGCCAACCAUCCCCACAACAUCCAGUCACAGGUGGUGGAGGCGUUUGUACGCUGGAGGCAGCGCUUAGGGAAGCAGGCCACCUUCCGAAGCUUGCAUGAGGGUCUCCGGACUGCAGAGGUGGACCCAUCCCUGCUCCAGCACAUGUUGGAAUGAUGUUGCCCAGGAAUGGGUCCCCAAGUGACAUGUGUCCAAUCCUGACACUCAAUGUUGUUAUUUUGUUUUGGUGUAUAUGGUUUUUAUCCUUUUAAAUGAUCUUUAGAUGGAAGGAGAAAACUAGAUUUGACAUUACUUGCAAAGCCAGAGUAGUCAAUCCAUCUGUCACAUUGGCUCAAAAUGUGUUGUUUGUAAUGGCUUACAGGUUGCAUUGUUGUAAUUGUGCAGCUCUUAAUUGGGUGGCUGCCUUUUAGUAGGUAGGCAAAUAAAAAAGUGAUAAUA